CACAGCCAUAAAGCUGCAAAAAAAUAUAAUUUAUUAGGAUUGGGAUUAACAACAUUCGUAUCUUUUACGUGCUAAAAAUUUUAAUAUAGUUUCCAUUUUAAGCAAAGUGAGGUAUAUAUUUGUGUAUGGAUUGAACCAACUAAAACAUAGUGAAUAUUAUGGAAUAUUAUUGAUGUUACUGAAUGAUUAUCACACAUCCAAAAACUGAAAUGAAUUAAAAAGAAAAUCAUCUGCAUGAAUGGCUUCUAAAUUAUGGAGUGUACGAACUGCUCUUCUAUUUCUUCACAGAGCAGCAAAAUCCAAAGAAGCUACCGCAGAAUUGAGGACCGAAGACAACGUUCUCCUCAAUUUAUUCACUCCUGCUCAAGAUCAAAAUAAACACGAUGAUGAAUUCAUUGAUUGUGGUCCUUCUCCUCCCGCCGAUGAAAUUCCUUUCGUUUUCGAGAUAUUCGAAGAUCCAGGUUACGAAAACGAAGUCAAAAUAUGUCAACAUACUAUAGAGCAAAAUAUACUGGAGCACAUGCAGAGCGUUUUUGGUAGAACCAGUCUUUUAGAAGAAAUAAGUUCGAACAGAGUAGAUACGAAGAAUAUUUUAGGGGUUUUUUUCGGUGCUUCACGUAUAGAACUGAAUAUAACUUUCUUGUGGGCGUCAUUUGUGAAACGAUGGGACCUGUUGGAGAGUUUAUUGUAUUUGGGUGCAGAAUUAAAUUAUUUUGAACCGGCUCAAGGGUUGAGUGCACUACAUCUAGCAGCUUUCAGCAAUUGCAUUAGUAGUAUGCAGUUUUUAAUAUCCAAAGGAUGCGAUAUCAACGCUUUAUAUAAAUGUUAUACCCCUCUACAUUGCGCUAGUUUCGGUGAUAGUGUUGAAGCUACUUUAUUUCUAAUCAAAAAUGGCGUCAAUAUUGAUGCUUUUACCAAUACGUUAUAUGAAGAAAACGAAAGUGCGCUCCAUUGCGCAGUUAGAGCCAAUUCUAUAAAUUGUGUAAAAGUUUUGGUAAGACACGGUGCCGAUGUUGAUUGUUCUGAUUACUCUCCAAUACAUUUGGCUGCCGAUUUAGGAAAUUCAGAAUGCAUAAGAUAUUUAUUAGAUGGCAAAGGUGCGAAUGUUAAUGGUAAAACUAAAGAACAAGAGCAAUCUCCUUUACAUUUGGCUUCAAUGAGAGGACAUAAAGAAUCCAUAUUUGUUUUGCUUUCUAGAGGUGCCAAUCCAGACUCAAAAGAUCACAUGGGACAAACAUCUUUGCACCUUGCUGCUAGAGCUCAAGAUAUAGAUUGUGUGGAAUUGUUAUUGUCCAAAGGCAACGCAAAUCCAAAUAUAAGAGACUAUGAUCGUCGAACGCCUUUACAUGCCGCUAUAGGAAAAUCUACUAGAUCUAGUAAGAUUAUAGAAGCACUUAUACAAAAUGGAGCUAACCCUAACGUUGAGGAUCAAUAUGGAUACACACCAUUACAUAUAGCUGCCCUAAAGGGUUUUUCUGAAUGCGUAGAAACUUUAAUUUCCCAUGGAGCAGAUGUAACGGCAAAACAUAAAUGUGGUUCAACUGCUUUGAGUGUAAUUAGAAAAAAAGUUCCAGGUACUUUUGGUAUGUUUGUCAAAAAAUUGGAUCAGGCUAUUACUUUGCACAAUACUGAUACUUAUAAUAACGAAUUAGAGUUGAGAUUAGAUUUCAGGGUGAUAUUACAGCAUAACAACCCGGGAGAGAUUAACUUUUUAUUCACUUUAGUAGAGGAAGGUUACAAAACAAUCUUACUGCACCCUUUAUGCUCAGCCUUACUCUAUAUUAAAUGGAGAAAAAUCAGAAAGUACUAUUUAGCGAGGAUUUUCUUAUAUUGUGUUUUCAUGUUAUGCUUGUCUUUGUAUGUACUGACAACGCUUGCUCACCAUUGUUAUAAUUAUGGAAAAAAUUUCAAAGAUUUGAAUCCGGAAGAUGUAAUAGAACUGUGUGAAAAAAAUUCUUUACUGGGUUCUUUUUUAAGAGAUAGUCCUUUUGUAAUGGAAAUGCAGUGGUUUGUUUUGGUAGGUAUAACAUCAAUAGAAAUUCUCAGGAAAUUAUAUGGUAUUGGUGGUUACCAUUCCUUAAGACAAUAUUUCUCUUUUCCUGAAAAUAUAAUCGAGUGGUUUGUUAUCGCUAGUGUGUUUGUUAUAUCUUUUAUAUAUACUGGUAGAACGUAUCUUUGGCAAAAUCAUGUUGGAGCUUUCGCCAUAUUACUAGGUUGGACUAAUAUAAUGCUAAUGGUAGGACAGCUACCGGUUUUCGGUAUUUAUAUUGCCAUGUAUACUAGAGUUCAAAGUGAAUUUGGUAAAUUACUUUUUGCUUAUUCGGGCGUUCUCAUAGGAUUUACUCUAAGUUUCUGUGUCAUAUUUCCAGAUUCGAAUUUUUUUGCGAACCCGUUCAUAUCCUUGGUUACCAUUAUAGUUAUGUUAUCAGGUGAAUUGAAUUUAGAUAUUUUAGUCGAUGAUAAUCCAGAUAAUCCUCACUAUUUAUUGGAAUUUACUGCACAAGUAGCGUAUAUAAUUUUUGUUUUGACUGUUACUAUAAUUCUCAUGAAUCUUUUGGCUGGUAUAGCAGUAGAUGACAUUAAAGGAUUACAAAAAACUGCUACUCUCUCUAAACUAGUGAGACAAACUGAGCUAAUAUCUCACAUGGAGAGAGGAUUAUUCAAUGGAAGUCUUCCUAGGUAUAUUUUAAAACGUUUACACGUUUCAGCUUUGGUAUCUCCGAAACCUUCGAAAGUAGUUUUGAACGUCAAACCUUUGAACCCAAAAGAAACUCGACUUCCUAAAGAGAUCAUUAAAGAAGCUUAUUAUGUCUCCUUGAAGCAAAAUAAUGCUCCUUAUUACAACCACGUUCUAAGUGAACCUGGCGAAAAUUAUUGGUUUAAUAAUGACAUAACUAAAAAGGAACAUUGCUUAGAUAAACAUUCGUUAUCUUUGCUCCAGAGAGAAAUGAAAAAGAAAAAUGAAGAGCUUGAAAAUUUGAGAUUAUCUAUUCAAGAAAUGAAGAGAGCUUUUGAUGAUCACCAACAAAAUAUGGAACAAUUUAUGAAAAUUUUAGUACACAAAAGAAAAAGCAGUAGAUGCUAGCAGCUUAUGCCUAAUUUGACAAAGUUCUCAAUCAUUUUCUCAGGUUUGGCAUAAAAAUUGAUAAUACUAUAUUAAUGUCUUGUCAACAAAGUUGCCCUUACGCAUAUUUAGACGUAUGGAAGGAAAAUAUACAAUAUACAAUAUAUAUUUCUAGGAUUCGGAACUACCAAAUAAUUUAAUUCCAUAAAAAGAUCACCAACAUUUAUAGGAAAAAUUCAUUCAUUUAUAAAUCGUUUAAUUAUUAAUUAUAGAAGACUAGCGAUAUUCCCAGGUCGCUAAUUCCAAAUAUCCAUAUUCAUAAAGGUCAGUAGAGAAAAUAACACUCCCUACGAGAGUCGGAUAUUCGUCACGCUUGAUCUUUAAUAAGAGAAGAUAGAAUGUAAAAGUUCACUAAAUGCCUAUAGGCAAAAUGGUUAUGUUAGGUUAGCUUUUCUGCUCACUUUUUUCAAAUGCUCCGUGAUUGUAAGCAUCUUCCCUCCUGCUUAUGAGGUUCUCCGUUCCAAUAGAGCUCUUGGCUUUUGGCAUCACUUCCAUGAUGUUUCUCCCCUUUUCAAGACCUUGCCUUUAGAAAACGUAAAAUUUUCGCAAACAAUUGAACUUUUCCCACUUUCACAUUUUUCAAUAUGAUUUACAAAAGAAAAUGGACAUAUUUAUUUCAGAUUUGAGGUAUAUAUACCUAAUAACUAUUAACCUAUUGUUCGGAACUAAUUUUGUAUUCUUUUAUUUGAAGAGAUUAAUAAUUUUCAAUUGAAGAAUUUCUAAUUUGUAUUUUUGAGCAAGAAAAGCAGCAAUGAAAUGUUAGAUAAUUACGUAAGGUUAGGUUCGGUUGAACGAUAGAAAUAUUACAGAUAGUGUAAGUGUGAUGUCCUGAUUUCGAUGAGAAAGAAAAAGACGAAAAGGUUACACUUGAUUCUAUAUGUUUCGCUCUAUGUUUGGUUAAACCUUUCACUCUAUAUCUCUCUCGUACAGACUGCAAUAUCUUAAGGGUUAAACACACACAAAAUAUGUUUUAAUGGUGAAGAUUAUAAGUCAUAUGUACAGCUUAUUCUAACAACAAAUUUUUCUUUGAAAAAAAAUCGUCAUUUAUAACCGUGGACAGGAUGAUACAAUUUUUAUGAGUUAAUAACCAUGGCCACUAUGAAAUUAAUUAAACGCUUAGCCGCGAAGAUAAGCAGCCAAGUUGAGUCACUGGAAACGAACGAUCAUUGCUGCCUUCCUUGCUCAAACAUAUAAAUUAGAGAUCCUUCUAUGAAUAAUGAGUUGAAAUAAAUGGAUGAAAAUUAAAUUUCAAAAAUACAAAUUUGAAUUAACAGUUUAAGACAGAUGUAUUAUAAGUAUUAACCCAAACCAUUAUGUCUUUCCAGAAAAUAUAACUGUCUAAUUACAUAUGAAAAUGAGCAAAUGACGAGGGUUGAAAUUGUUGAAAAGCUUACAUUGUUGUUUAUUUUUCAAUAUAGUCUCAAUUUUUUUCGAUACACUUUUAUAGACGGUGAUGCAUUUUUUGCAUUCCUAAGUCGAAGAAGUCUUCCGCAAAUGAGUUGAGCGUGUAACCUCUGCUCGGACUUCAUCGUCCCUUCUCAAGCCACCUAAGUGUUCCUUUAACUUGAAGAAGUAGUCAUAAUCGCUACGGGAUAAAUCCGGUCUGUACAGGGGAUGGAUCCAUCUUAACGACGUAUAUAUCUGUCUGUGUUUAUGGUCGCCCCAAAUUCCAUAACCUUUCCUGCUGACUCCGUUGGUUUGAAUUUCUAUGGUGGCGGUGAUCAAGAGUGACGCCAAUGACCAGAUUGUUGUCUUGUUUCGGGAAUGUAAUGAAACCCCCACUUUUAAUCUCUAAUCUUUAAACUUUAAACUUUAAGAAACAAAUUCUUAUUGCCUACCCCCUCACAUUGUUGACGAAUCUUGCGAGCACAGUCAAGGCUUUGAUACUUGUCCGUGAGUCGGCAUCCGAGUAACCCAGAAGCAUUCACCUCGCGAUAACCUAUCGUUUGAUUUGAUAACUUAAUUUCCUCCAUAUUUUGUAGGUACUCAAUAUUGUGUUUGAAUGUUCAUGUCAUUUCUUUCGUUGAAAUGAAGGGUAACUUAUAGAUAAUCAGCAAAUCUUUUAGAAGCUUGGAUUCUUAACUGAUUUCAACCUAAAUUCUUCUUUACUUUUCUCUGUAACAUAUUCAUUUUCAAUUGAUCUGCUCUUCUUGUGAUAUGGUACCAACUCUAAGCAAGCAGGGGCCGAAAUUUAUAGUUUGUAAGUUGUAGAAAAGUUACCUUCUUUUUUGUUCUCCUUAUUCUCGCUAUACCAGACUCAUAACUAUUUAUUUGAGGAGAUAUUAUCAACUCUUCACAAUUUACUGUAAUUCUCUCUAUUAUCUUUAUUGAAUCUAUAUUUUUUUAGAGUUAUUAGGUAGUCUGUCGUGCCUAUUUGACCUACUGAUUCUUAUACCUACAUUAUACAUACUAAGUUUAAUACUUCAUAUUGAACCUCAACCUCAUCAAGUUAAAUAAAGCUUUGGUAAAAAAAUGGUAAUACCACACCAAUACAACAAAAAGUUGUAGUUUUCUGACUCUAAGGAAGCUGAUAAAAAAGAAUUAAUUUAUCAUUGCAGAAACAAAUUUAGUCCUUUAGAAUAUCAUUACAGUUAUGAGCGUAAAAUGAAAUACCGUCAAUUGAUAUGAUUAGCUGAUUUAGCAAACAAUUAUUAUUUUAUUAUCUAAAUCUGAGUUAAGCAGAUAUACUCAGUUUUUUUUUAAUUGAAUUAGUCAACGCAUCUGCUGAUCUCAUCCCAGAUUUAGAUAGGAUUGAAUUGAUAAAGAUGUAAUAUAUCGGUUAAAUCAGAUAUGUAUACUGAAGCAUCAUUUUUUGAUUUUAUUAAUAAAAGAUUGGAACGAA